AUGUUGUGGCUUUUCAAUGUCCUGCUGUGUGUCAUUGCUUCCGUUCUCUUGGUGUCGGCAGAUGGUACUGGUGCCAGUGAACCUCAACAGUAUGCAUUGACAAUGAUAGACCUGAAUGAGGAGAAUCGUCGGUUGGUUCCCAUCAGUGGAUAUGUCACAUAUGGAGGAAAUCUUGUGGGAGAGAGCGGUGCACGAUUUGGAUACUCUGUGGCCAUCGAUGAGACAGGGACAACAAUAGUGGUUCGUGAAAGAAGACCUGACAUUGUUCGUGUAUACGAGAUUGCUGAUGACGGAUGGACCCAGAAAGGUCAAGACUUGACAGGUUUUACUCUCAUUUUAUCCGUCGUUAAACGGAAGACAGUUACAAUAUCAAGUGAUGGCAGCAUUGUUGCUGUCAGCUCUACGGAUCCCUCAAAUGAAGGUGUUGCGUUGUUCGAAUACGACACAAGCACACAGAUGUGGCUACAAAGAGGCAGUACAAUUCGAGGCGAAGAUUUGAAUGGCUCGCCAAUUUUUUCUUUUGGACAUGACAUUUCUCUGUCAGCAGAUGGAAACAAAAUUGCAGUUGGGGCUCCCGAAUAUGACAGCCCAACUCUACGUGACAUUGGCUUUGCAACAACCUACUUCUGGAAUGGCAUUGACUGGCAACGUCAGAGAUAUACUGAUGAUACAUUCUCCGUUGUGUCUGGACUGUAUGGAGAACUUCUACGUGCAUACUUGGGGUGGUCUACAUCAUUCUCUGGAGAUGGCAACUGGUUUGCUGUUGGAAUGCCCGAAUCUGGAUCAGCCAUUUCUGAUGCCACAAGGUUCGGUGAAUGCCGUGUUUACCGCAGUAAUGCCGGCAUCCAACAAAUUGCGAUUGAUGGUGGAGCGAUGUUUGGCUCCAGUGUCAAUGACCAAUUUGGCUAUUCGGUGGCCCUAAACUACGAUGGGAGCAUCAUUGCAGUUAGUUCUCCUGGAUAUGAUGGGGAUGUCAAUGAAGAAAAUCUUGGGAGGGUACAAGUCUUUGAAAGAAGCGCAGAAACAUGGAGGCAAUUGGGAAGUGAUCUCAUUGGUGAGCAACAAGAUGAUGGAUUUGGGUUCUCCAUUGAUUUAUCCAAUGAUGGCAAAACCCUUGUGGCUGGAUCUGCAUAUAGUGAUGGUUCCGGAAAUCUUCGUGGUUACAUUCACAUAUACAAGUUUGAUGGGAUCGAUUGGGUCCUUAAAGAAAUCAGCAGGGCCCAAGGUUUUGAUAUUGAUGGAAUUGGGGAAAAUGAUUCUUUUGGAUGGAGCGUUGCCAUUUCUGGUGAUGGGACAAAAGUCCUUGUUGGAGCACCUUUCUACAAUGGUCCUGACAUACAGAAUGGACUUGUCCAAAUGUGGGGACAGACUGAUUUUCCCACGUUUUCACCCAUCCUGAACCCUUUGCCUCAAGUUGGCAACCUAGGCACUGGUGGAAGCCCUGCACAGGCCAGUUUGGUUAGUAGAACUUACACUUGGUGGCAGGGUGCAAUUGCCUAUUUGGAAGGUUUUUUUGUUUAA